UCGGAGGGCGCCGCCAUGUUGAACACAGUACGGAGCAGCACCUGUUGGAGAAGCUGAAGUCACUGAGAAACUCCGACUUUUCCCAGCAGGAAUUGCAAGUUGGAGGGACGUUUUCAUUCUGAUUCAGUUCGGAAUCUGAUUCAAGUCCUAAUUCUGAUUUUGUUCUGUUUCAGUUUUCAUUCUGAUUCAGUUCUGUUCCAGUAUUAAUUCUGAUUCAGUUCUGAUUAAUCCGGUGUGGCUCUGAGAGGAACGGAAGUGAUGCCGGAACCCUUGCUUUGAAGGAAGAACGAAAGGGGGAACAUUAUAUAGGCUGCGCAGUGAGAAUUCCCCUCGCGUUUUGUGCUCGUGCAGUAACGUUAAAGCUUUAAACGACUUUAUUUUAAAAUCUCUUAUUUUCGGAUUUUAUUCCGGAAGAGAGUUUUCUGAUCUGAUCAGUGCACGUGUUUUUGGAACCGCGCCGGUGGGUUCUGUUUGCGACAGCUGGAAGCGCACGAGCUUGUUUUGUUUUGUUCGCCUCGCCUUCUAAUGGCUGAGUACGAGGCGCAGUUCGCGAGCCGUUUUACCGAGCAGGAUGAAGAGUUUCAGCAGCGCGUGCGGAGCGGAGCUCAAGAGCCUCCGGUGCUGGAGGGCUGGAGGAGCGCGCGAGGAGGAGGCGGAGGCGGAGGCGGAGGCGGAGGCGGAGGCGGCGGCGGCGCGCGCUACAGAGACACGCGGUUUCAGGACAGUGGUUAUCGCGGGAGCCGAGACUGGGCGGGACCACCUGGCUGGAGAUCAGGACAUGGAGGAAACCAGCAUAACUCAGCCAAUCAGAGACAUCACCACCGCUACUGACCAGCCAAUCAGAGACAUUAACGCUACUGACUGGCCAGUCAGAUAUCAUCACCACCGCUACUGACUGGCCAAUCAGAGACAGCAUCACCACCGCUACAGACCGGCCAAUCAGAGACAGCAUCACCACUGCUGCUGACCGGGCAAUCAGAGACAGCAUCACCACCACUACUGACUGGCCAAUCAGAGACAGCAUCACCACCACUUCUGAGUGGCCAAUCAGACAUCAGCACAGCUACUGAGUGGCCAGUCAGUGACAGCAUCACCACCGCUACUGACCAGCCAGUCAGAUUAUUAUCUAGAACGUAGAACAGAACAGAGAACUCUGAACUCUGUUUUGAUGGAAGUAAAGUUGCGUCCUGUUCUCUCCGUUGUCUCUCUGAUGAACCGUGAGGAGAUGGAAUAAUAACAGCCUCAUUAAAAUACAUUAAUUACUCUGCAGAACAGCUGUUUACACUUAAUGAAGCUGUGUGUGUGUGUCGUUCUGCACGUUAUCUUUCAGAAUUUUCUUUUCAGUAACUCUGAGUUUAGUUAUUUUUGUUGUUGAUACAGUUUUAGGCUUUUAUAAAGAGACACAAACCCUACCCCCUCGCUACUGCAAAGUGUGCUUUAACUGGUGAUCUGAUCAGUAAUAAUCACACCAAAUGUCACAUUUUGUUUUAUUGUGAUAACAUUGUUGAAUAAACAGAAAUCAAAGCAUUUUCUCUCUUUCAGAUUGUAACCAUAUAACAAAUAACAAUAACAAAACCCAGAAAUUCAAGUCUUCUUCAUAUCCAAGC